UUUUAUGAUGAUAGAAUAUCACAACUAACCAGAAAUUGCUCGGAAUUAAAGUCCACAAGAAAAUAUAUUACACAGCCACUGACAGAAGAAGAACGAAACUAUCCAAUUGCAUACAUCAUAAGCGUAUAUAAGGGACUCUAUUCGUUUGAAAAUCUUCUUCGAUUGAUAUAUCAUCCUCAGAAUAUAUAUUGCAUUCACAUCGAUCAAAAAUCAGAUCCAACAUUUCAGAAAAGAGUUAAAGAAAUUGUAGAUUGCUUUGAUAAUGUUUUUCUAGCUUCUACGAUGACGGAAGUAUAUUACACACAUUGGACAAUUGUUCAGUCUAGUUUAAACUGCUUGACAGAUCUUGUGGGAGUAAAGAAGUCUUAUCAAUGGAACUAUGUAUUCAACCUAUGUGGACUUGAUUUGCCCACUAAAUCAAAUCUUGAAAUCGUUAGGGCUUUGAAGAAUUUAAAUGGUACUAACAGUGUGGCUUCUGCAAGUUUUGUUGGCCGGGAACACAAAAAGCGAAGAUAUAAAUACAAAUAUAAGAUCCCGGGAUCAUUUUUGGAUAUAUUACCAUGGAAAACUAAACAUAAUCACGUGUGGUUAAAGGCAACUAACCAACGAAAAGUUGCACCUCCACAUGGAAUUCAAAUGUUUUCGGGGACAGAUUAUUUUAUCUGGACUAGAGAAGCCGUCGAAUACUUCAUAGGCGAUCAGAAAAUACAAGAUUUCUUUGAAUGGAAUAAAGAUACAUUAGUUCCGGAUGAACACGUUUGGGCGACGAUACAGAGAAUGCAUCCGCAAGUUCCGGGAAGUCUUCCCCCAACCCCCGAAUUCCGCGCCACAGAAAAUGACGUCAUCACAAGGACUAGAACUUGGGCUGAUGAUAGAACAUAUCAUUGUCAAACAAAAUACAUCAGAUCAAUUUGCAUAUACGGGGUAGCUGACCUUUUCUGGCUGGUAAAUCAGAAAGGAAUUUUUGCAAACAAACUUGAUCCAAAUAUUGAUGUAAUCGCUGUGGAAUGCUUGUCAGAGUGGAUGAGGAAUCGAACAUUGUCAGGGUUUUAA